GGUAUAUGAAUCGGACUAUAUUUUGACUUAAAUGAAGACCCGUAGAGAAGGAUGAUAUAUAAACAACGAAUCCAAGAAUUCCCUGGGGGGGGGGGGAAAUAAGGUCUUACAUUGUUUUCAUAUCGGUCUAACAUUUCGAAUCCAUGGACUGACAAAUAGCGGCUAAUCAGUUUUUCACUUCCUCUUCGCCGCACCUCGGAUUUGACGCUCGCUUUGCAUCACUGGCCUGGCGGUGAAUCAUCUUUGGGCAACGGGGAUGCUGCACCUGUAAACUGGACCAUCGCAGUUAGCAAUUCUGCACUGUAAAUUGUGACUUCAGCAUGGAGGAAAUACUGCGGAAGCUACAGAAAGAUGCAUCUGGACACAAAAAUAAAGCGAUCCGUGAUGCGUGCGUAGUCGCUUGUGAAACCCUUCAGACUCAAAAUGGAUCUCUCAAAAUCCCACCUUCUCAGCUGAGGGAGCGAUGCCUUCUGCCUCUUCAGAUGGCUCUGGAGUCCAAAAGCACCAAGCUGGCCCAGACUGCCCUCUCUGGGAUGCAGAAGAUCCUGUGUGACGACCGUUUUGUGGGGGUGGGGGUGGAGGUGCGUGAGAGUCAGAUGCUGAGUCAGAUGUUAGAGGCGGUCAGAGUGACCCCCUCCCUCCACGAAGACCUUCAGGUGGAGGUGAUGAAGGUCCUAUUAUGCAUCACCUACUCCUCCACCUUUGAAAUCAACGGUGACUCCAUCCUCAGGAUAGCUGACGUGUGUAUCGAGACCUACAUGUCCAGCUGUCACCAACGUAGCAUCAACACAGCGGUGAGAGCCACGCUCAGCCAGAUCCUGGGAGAUCUCACCCUACAGCUCCGACACAGACAGGAGGGAGCGGACGGAGAGGAGAUCUCGGUGCCCCCUCUUCAGCACAGAGAGGUGUCUCCUACCACCCAGUCUCUGUGUGAGGACGUGGUGACCGUGAUGACCGUCUUCUGUGAGAAGGUAGAGGGCGUUGACAGUGAGAACCAGCUGCUGCAGCUUCUCUACCUGGAGUGUAUCCUCUCGAUGCUCUCCAGCUGUCCUCCCACAAUGCAUCUGUACAGGGGCUUCACCGACCUCAUCUGGAAGCAGCUAUGUCCGUCCCUGGUGGUGCUGCUGGGAAAUCCAGUCAACGACAAAACCAUAACCUCCGCCCACACUGGAGGGGGAGGGGCAGGAGGAGUGGCAGGGGGGUACAGCUCCGGGGGUCUUGGGGAGGUGGAACUCUCCCAGGGUGGGGUGUCUGACCAGGGCCGGGGCUCGGGCUGCUCCUCCAGCGCCCCCGCCAGGAUCGCCCCGGUGGUGCGCACCAUCUGCUACAUUGCAGCGGAGCUGGUUCGGUUGGUGGGCUGUGUGGAGUCCAUGAAGCCUGUGUUGCAGUCUGUGUACCACCGCAUCCUGCUGUACCCCCCGCCCCAGCACCGGGUGGAAGCCAUACGCAUCAUGAAGGAGAUCCUAGGCAGUCCCCAGCGCCUGUUUGACCUGGCAGGUCCCUAUGUCACAGAGCCGGAGACCAGGAAGCGCUCCUUCUCAAAGAGGAAGUCCCACCUGGACCUGCUCAAACUGGUAAUGGAUGGCAUGACGGAGGCGUGUAUGAAGGGGGGCAUCGAGGCGUGCUACUCGUCCGUGUCCUGUGCAUGCGCCCUGCUCGGAGCACUGGACGAGCUGUCUCAUGGGCGGGGCCUGCAGUCCGAACAGGCUCGCCUGCUGCUGCGCCGAUUGGAUGACCUAAAGGAGGGGGCGGAGUCGACGAGGGAGUCUAUGGAGAUCAACGAGGCCGACUUCCAGUGGCAGCGCCGCGUCCUGUCUUGUGAGCACGCUCCGUGGGAGCCCACCGCCCCUGAACGCAGCCCCGACAUCAGCAUCAGCGUAACCACAGAGACGGGCCAGACUACUCUGGAGGGGGAGUUGGGUCAGACCACUCCGGAGGAGUGCGGGGAGGAGCCACGUCUGCCCUCGCCCUCUUCCUGUGGUCAGGAGGCCGACCCUGACCUGCCAGCCUGUACCAGAGAGCCGGUGGAGCCAGGAGUGGGGGCACCGCCAGACGUGGUCCAGCGAAGCCACGCCCUUGUCUACCCCGACAUCACCAACUUCCUGUCGGUGGAGUCGAGGGCGCGGUCACACGGGUCGCGCUACAGCGAGAGCAACUUCAGCGUGGAUGAGCAGGAGCUCUCACGGACGGAGUUUGACUCGUGUGACCAGUACUCCAUGGCCGCGGAGAAGGAUUCCGGAAGGUCUGACGUGUCGGACAUGGGCUCAGACAACUGCUCUCUGGCGGAUGAGGAACAGACGCCGCGGGACUGCCCUGGACAUCGCUCCCUCCGCACCGCUGCCCUGUCUCUCAAGCUGCUGAGAAACCAGGAAGCGGACCAGCAGAGUUCUCGUCUGUUCGUCCAAUCCCUGGUGGCCCUGCUGCCACGCCUUCUUGGCAUGGGCAGCACCGCUGACGUGGACACUUCCCUCCAGAACUUCUCCUCCACCUUCUGCUCUGGUUUGCAGGCUGGGGGCAUCCACUCUCCAGGCUUCGAAGGCGGGGAGAGCCUGAGCUGCCAGGCCCUGAUGAACGCCGACGGCCUCUACCUGGUCUCCUACUACGCCCUGCUGCUCAGCCUGAAGCUCUGCUGCUGCGACUACUACCGCAGGAGAACCGUGCCCGCCCUGGUCAGCCUGAAGGAGUUUGUACGUCUGAUCCAGAGCAGCGGGGUCCUGGUGGUCCUGUCCCAGGCCUGGAUAGAGGAGCUCUACAACCAGGUACUGGACCGGAACCUGCUGGGGGAGGCUGGCUACUGGGGCGCUCCAGAGGACCACAGCCUGCCCCUCAUCACCAUGCUCACAGACAUCGAUGGGCUUGGCAGCAGUGCCAUUGGAGGGCAGCUGAUCCGGAAGGCUUCAUCCCAGUCUCCCUUCAGCUGUGACAGGGCAGGCAGUGACUCCAUCAUGGCAGGCAAGGUGUUUGCCCGCUACAUCUUGACUGGCGUGUGGAAGAACCUGAUGGACACUCUGUCCACGCCGCUGACGGGGCGCAUGGCGGGCAGCACCAAGGGGCUGGCCUUCAUCCUGGGAGCGGAGGGGGUGAAGGAGCAGAGCCAGCGGGAGAGAGACACCAUCUGCCUCAGCCUGGACGGCCUGCGCAAGGCCGCCGCUCUGAGCUGCGCUCUGGGUGUGGCUGCCAACUGUGCGUCUGCUCUGGCCCAGAUGGCCGCAGCGUCCUGUGUGCAGGAGGAGAGGGAGGAGAGGGAGGGGGGCGAGGGAGGAGAUGCCAUCACACAAGUCAAGCAGCGCCUGGAGCAGUUGAGCCGCCCUCAGGGUGUACGCCUGCACACGGCUCAUGUUCUCUGCAUGGACGCCAUCCUCAACGUGGGCCUGGAGAUGGGGAGCCACAACCAGGACUGCUGGCCUCACAUCUUCAGGGUGAGCGAGUAUGUCAGCUCCCUAGAACACACCCACUUCAGUGACGGCUCCUCCCAGCCCACCAUGACCAUCACCCAGGCCCAGCAGGCCGUAGACCUGGGGCUGGAGUUGAGUGGCGAAGCCUGUGGGGAGGCAACAGAGCUGGGCCUGAGCCAGCCCGUCAUCCAGCCCCUCUCCAUCCAGGAGCUGUUGAGAGAGAGCAGCAGGGGGAAAGGUGUGGACGCGCGCAGCGGGAGCCUGAUGACCGGCACCAGCGCUGCCAAAGCAGUCUGCUCCCUGUCCACUCAGGCUGACCGGCUGUUUGAGGAAGCUGCCACCAAGCUGAACCUCAUAGCCCUGGUGGGCUUCCUCCACCAGCUGAGGAGAGCGUCCCAGUCGCAGCUCUUUUACAUGGUCACAGAGACAGGAGACUACUCCCUGGCCAUGCCAGGCGAGGCCAGGUCCACCCUGGACAGACAGAGUGCCCUGCACCUGUUCCGCCUGGGGGAGGCCAUGCUGCGCAUCGUCAGGAACAAGAGCAGACCUCUCCUGCACAUGAUGAGGGCCUGGAGCGUGGUGGCGCCACACCUGGUGGAGGCUGCGUGCCACAAGGAACGUCACGUUUCCCAGAAGGCCGUGUCCUUCCUUCACGACGUCCUGACCGAGGUCCUGACCAGCUGGGCGGAGCUUCCGCACUUUCACUUCAACGAGGCGCUGUUCCGCCCCUUUGAGCACAUCAUGCAGCUGGAGCUGUGUGACGAGGACGUGCAGGACCAGGUGGUGACGUCCAUCGGGGAGGUGGUGGAGAUGUGCUCCCCUCUGAUCCUGUCUGGGUGGAGGCCUCUCUUCAGCGCGCUCCGAACCGUCCAUGGCAACAAGACUGACACCAAAGACUAUCUGAUAGGAGAAUACUCCAUGGGGAAGUCCCAGGCCCCAGUGUUUGAUGUGUUUGAAGCCUUCAUCAACACAGACAACAUCCAGGUGUUUGCCAAUGCAGCCACAGACUACAUCAUGUGCCUUAUGAAGUUUGUCAAAGGCUUAGGAGAAGUAGACUAUAAGGAGAUAGGAGACUGCAUCAAUGCCUCCACACACAGCUCCACCGACCUUUGCCUGCCUGCACUGGACUACCUAAGGAAGUGUUCGCAGCUGCUGGCCAACAUCUACAAGAUGCCUUGCAAGCCUGUGUUCCUGGGGGCGCGUCUGGCCAGCCUACCACUGAGAGGGCAGGAGAGGUCGGUGAACAGUGAGGAUGGCAUGGACUGUGUCCUGGCUGAGUUUGACGACGACACAGGUCUGAUGCAGGUGUGGAUCCUGCUGCUGGAGCAGCUGACUGCAGCUGUGUCCACCUGCCCCCGGCAGCACCAGCCCCCCACCCUGGAGCUGCUCUUCACCCUCCUGCGAGAGGUCACACACGUACCAGGGCCCGGUUUUGCCAUUUUCUCUGUCAUCCAGCUCCUCCUCCCAGUGAUGUCACUGUGGCUCCAACGUAGCCACGGCGACCACUCCUACUGGGACGUGGCGGCGGCGAACUUCAAGCACGCCAUCGGUCUGUGCUGCGAGCUGGUGGUGGAGCAUGUCAACAGCUUCAUUCACGCAGAUAUUGGCUAUGAGAACCUGAUCAACCUGAUGCUGAAGGAUCUGUUCAAGCUGCUGGUGGCGUGCGUGGCUGAGCCUGCUGAAGCCAUCUCCAGAGUAGGAUGCUCCUGCAUCAGGUAUGUGUUGGUUACUGUUGGGCCUGUCUUCACUGAGGAGAUGUGGCGGCUGGCAUGCUGUGCUCUUCAAGACGCCUUCUCUGCCACCUUGGAACCUGUCAAGAACCUGCUUGCAUGCUUCCGUAGUGGUUCAGACAGUUUCUCUGGGGACGCCUGUGAGGUGAAGUUGGCAGCUCCUUCUCACUCCCCCGCUGCUGAGGCUGAGUACUGGAGGAUCAGAGCCAUGGCCCAGCAGGUCUUCAUGCUUGACACUCAGUGCUCCCCCAAGACCCCCAACAACAAGGAGGGCUUUGAGCACGCUCAGUCCUGUGUGCUCAUCAUCGAGCUGCCGGCGGAACAGCAGUCCAAUGGUCACACCCAGAAAAGGAUCCCGUUCCGGACUAUCGUGGUGAGCCUGCUGUCCCACCAAGUCCUGCUCCAGAACCUGUAUGACAUCCUACUGGAAGAGUUUGUCAAACAGCCUGAGGGUCAGGAUAGGGUCACGCCCGUGACCUCUGACCCCAAGCCGGCCGGCUUCCUGCGCUACGUCUCCAUGACCAACCUGGCCAUCAUCUUCGACCUGCUGCUGGACUCGUACCGGACCGCCCGGGACUUUGACACGCGCCCAGGCCUCAAGUACCUGCUGAUGAAGGUGUCUGGCGUGUGUGGUGCCGCCAACCUGUACCGCCAGUCCGCCAUGAGUUUUAACAUAUACUUCCAGGCGCUGCUGUGUGCCACUCUGAGCCAGCAGGACAACAUGACUGCCGUCCACGUGAAGAAGAUGCUGUAUGAGGAGGAGGAGGGCGGCUCCGACUCCUCCCACCCCGGCUCGGCGUCCUCGGAGGACGAGGACAUCUUCGAGGAGACGGCCCAGGUGAGCCCGCCGCGGGGGCGGGACAAGCGCCAGUGGCGUGUCCAGAUCCCCUCUCUGAGCGUGGCCCCGGUGGGCAGCGCUGACUGGGCCUGGCUGGUCAAGAGGCUCCACAAGCUGUGCAUGGACCUCUGCAACAGCUACAUCCAGAUGCACCUGGACCUGGAGAGCAGUCUGGACCAGACCCCCGUGCCCAGAGGGGGUGGAGGGGGGGAUCCCCUUUUCUUCCUGCCCCUCUUCCCUUCCGAAACCUCCACCCCCUCCACCAGCGGGGGCUUGUCCGGGAGAGGGACCCCCUCCGAGGACGGCUCCCGCUGCCACCCAGGGGACACCCCCUCGGAGGAGGCCUCGAGCCCGGCCUACAUGGGGGGGAUGGGGGGUCGGAGGAAGGAGUGGUGGGAGAGCGCCGGGAACAAACUGUACACCAUCGCCACCGACAAGACCAUCAGCAAGCUGAUGCUGGAGUACAAGAGGAGAAAGCAGCAGCAGCAGCAUAGCCACGCCCCCGUCUUCCUGAAGGAGACCAAGAUGGCCGCCGGGGGGGACAGGCGGGUUCCAGAGUCGCCGGUGGCUGCCGCGCCGCCCCAGAGGCCCCAGCAGCUGGUGGACCCGGGGCCCAUGAGGCACUCAGUCAGCGCGGGGCCCGAGGUGCUGCGACAGGACAAGAGGCCGCGCUCGGCGUCCACCAUCAGCUCCCACAACGUCUCCCUCAGAGACGCUGAGGCCCAAAUACAGGCAUGGACUAACAUGGUUCUGACGGUGCUGAACCAGAUCCUGCUUCUCCCUGACUCCACCUUCCUGGCCCUGCAGCCUGCCCUCUUCCCCUGUGUCAGUCAGCUGACCUGUCAUGUGACAGACGCCCGCGUACGCCAGGCACUACGCGAGUGGCUGGGGAGAGUAGGGCGGGUCUAUGAUAUUAUUCUGUGAUUGGCAGGCAGACUCACAGGCCAAUGGGAGUUGUGUUGCAUAGCCAAUAGUAUUCUGUUAUUGAAAUCAUGCUUUCUUAUGCUGUGAGCUUUAUCCCUACCAUCCACUCAUUGAUACAGUGAAAGCUGUCUAGAAAUGCUUUUCUAUUUUUUACCAACUAUCGUAUAUACAUAUUUAUUGUCCCCUUGUAUCUUCAUGUAUUUGUCUUGAGAAUGUAUUAUUUAUGGAAAUGCUUUUGGAUCAGAUUGUGUGCCAUACUGUAUGAACUGAUCAGAUCUGAUCAUCUUUAUCUUUCUUUGUGCUUGGUCAGUGGUUGGUAUAUUGCACUCCUUAUAUGACACAAUGUCUGUCUUCAGAAACACUGCACUCUAUGACUAUAGGCUUUAAAAUCCAGCCCACUCCUAGCAGACCAUCCUUACGUCUAUCCUACUGUACGCUACGCCAGCCAACCAAGGGGGUUGGAGAAGUUCAUUGGAAGUGCAGCGAGUGUGGCUUUAGAACUGGGACACAGGAAGCAGAGGGGCUGUAAUGAGUCAAAGCACCCGUGAGUCAGCUGGGCAGCAGCUCACUCAGUCGGUCCAUGAAGCGGUCAUUACCCCCAGGGUUUACGCUGUGACCCUGUCUCUCUCCCUGGGUGGGUGGGAGAGUCUAAUCCAGGCCUCGGCUGAGAGUCGCUGGCCUGGCUGUCUCAUCGUAGAUGGCUGGACACCCAACAGACCCACCCAGCAGACCCACCCAGCAGCCCCACCCAGCAGCCCCACCCAGCAGCCCCACCCAGCAG